CCUCCAGGCUGCUGUAUGUGAUAAAAGGGUUGUUUACUGUUCAGGUUUUUCACUUUUACUGGAAUAGCCCCACCCACUCCACUCGACAGAGGAGAAGAAAAUGGAGGACAAGGACAAGAAGAAUGAGGAAGAGAAGAAGAAGAAAACAAUGAGGAGGAAAAAGAGGGAGGAGGAGGUUAAUGGAAGGUUAUGGGAGUCAACUGAAAGAGCAAAGGGACACACAUAAAUCUCCUCGGGCGGAUAAAACACAGGUGAGAAUCAUCACGUGCUACCUGCUGGUUCGCCCCGCCCCAUCUCCGCCCACAGCUGAUGCACGACCACGCCUCCGCUGCCACAUUCCUGAAUUUUUGGCCACUGGAAAAACUGACAAUGUGUUUUUUCUCAGCAUAUGGAAAUGAGGUCACUGUGGUGCACACACACUUUUGAUUUCCGGACAUUAUCCAGUUUAUAAUCCCCCUUUCUUCUCCCAGACUUUAUACAGAACAUCUGUAUCUGUCUGCACUUACACUCUGCACUGUGUUUGCUAUAAAACAAGAUGGCGGUCAUUAAAGAAGAUGUGGUUAGUAUUUCAAUGGAAUUGAUAAUGGAUGGAGCUGGUGUAUGAAGGCUGUAGAAUGGUGGAGAUGCUGUAAAUGGACCACUGAGCUUCACUACAUCAGCUGCGUAACUCCAGUACAAACCUGAAGGCAUGAUGAAGAUGAACUUCUGCUUCUGUAACUCAGUGUAGAAAUGUUCUUCUUCUCAAACUGGGGUUUAUCAGCUGGGAUUUUCCAAAUGAAUCAACAUCUGGCGAUUUUAAAACCAACUCUAUGUGUUUAUUAUUAUUAUUAUUAUUAUUAUUAUUAUUAUUAUUAGAUGUAAAUAUAAUGUUACAUAUCUGAGUAAAGUGCUGAGAUUGUAAGAGGUGAAAUAAUGAAAUAAUGUUUCAGUGUGAAAGUGAGGCGCUUUAAGAGUUAAGGAGUUUCACCACUUUCCUCCCUCUGUUUUCUUCCAGUGUGUGUGUGUGUGUGUGUGUGUGUGUGUGUGCGCAGUAUAAACCUCUUGUUGCGAUAUCUAAGUGGAGUUGAAGCGGUGCACGAGACCAUGGACGUCGCUCAGCCCGCGCGCAGUAACGAGUCGGAGUACGAGUACGAUUACUCGGAUUAUUACGCGAUAGACGCGCUGGUGGACUUCCGGCCGUGUGAGAAACAUGAGGUGAAGAAGUUCAGCCGUUACUUCCUGCCCGCGUUUUACUCGGUCGCGUGCGCGCUCGGUCUGCUCGCUAACUUCACGCUGCUGUUCGCGUUCGCGCGGAGCAAACCGGCGAGACGCGCGCAGCCGGCGUGCGCGCUGUGCGCGGACCUGCUGUUCACGUUCACGUUUCCGUUCUGGGCGGUGUACGCGGCGCGCGACUGGAUCUUCGGCGCGCGCGCGUGCAAAAUCGUCACGAUGGUGUACGCGGUCGGUUUGUACGGCGGCAACCUGUUCGUGGCGUGUGCGGUGCUGCGGAGCUGCCUGGACGCCGUGUGCGUGUUCCGGUGCCUGGGACGAGUCGGAGACACCAAGAAGAACGUCUUGUGCUGCACGUGCGUGUGGAUGCUGGCGUGUCUGGCCGCCGUGCCGCACCUGAACUUCGUGGAGGAGCGUCACGUCCACGGCGAGACCUUCUGCUCGUACCACUACACGCACGGCUGGAAGAUCUACAUGCGCAUCCAGCUGUCCAUGCUCAUCUUUGUGGUUCCGUUCCUGCUCUUGCUCAGUUCCUCCGUCGUCUUGUUCCUGCAAACACGUUCCACAGGGCGUUCCAGGAUCCUGAGGCGUGCGAUCAUCAACACCGGGCUGUUCUUCGUGCUCUGGUUCCCGUACACGUUGGUGCUAAUGCUGCACAUUGUGCAGGAGGUCUUGGAGUGUGGCGAGAGUCUGCACAUGGACCUCGCCAUCCAGAGCACCGAGUGCAUUGCCUUCGCUCACGUCUUCAUCAACCCCCUAGUGUACAUGCUGCUCAAUAAGCGAGUGAGGAGGGCGCUCAGCUCGGACUGUGCGAGCCCGAGGGAAUACCUGCUCGACGUGUCGGAGAACAUGGACAGCGUGUCGAGUGAGGACAGCGGCGUGGAGUUAAGGGCACUCCAAAGUGUUCAGGGUUUCUCAAAUCCUGAGUAUGAGGGAGGAACCGCUGAGAAACAAGGACACUUAUUACCACAUGCCACAGAACCUCAACUGAGCUCACUACCUAGUGUCCCUAGAUGAAGGAGUCUGGACUGAAAGAUUGACUGAAAGAUGAUGAAUUACACAUCAUGCUAAACAAGAUGAUUAGUUAGAUGUUUAGAUAUUUAGAUGCCUCAGCUAAACAUCUACAUCUGGGCUGCUUGUAUUCUAGAAAAAAAUCUGUAUUUUUAUAUGAAUAGUCAGUAUUUACAGCCUGCAUGUAACUUUAGUCCACUUUAUAUAAAUAUAGCCUUUAUUACUGGAGUUUAGUCACUUCCCAUUAUUCAUACAACAGCACGAGGAACACCCUGUUGCUGAAUUAAAUAAAUCAAUCAAUAAAUAAACACA